AACUCAGACACAAGUUGUAUUUCCUGCAUUCCCUCGGCAGCACGACGUCGAUCGCUUUCGCUUUUCUCGAGGAAAAAAUCAUUCUUAUAAACAUUUAUAUCAAAAUUAUAUUUUCUUUUGAUCUAAUUUUAUAAGGUUUUUAUAUUGAUCACACUCUAUUUUAGUUUAACACACACACACACACACACGACGUCGAUCGCUUUCGCUUUUCUUGAGGAAAGAAAUUACUCCGUGUUCAUAUUUGUAUCAAAAUUAUACCUUCAAUUAAUCUCAAUUUAUACUAAUCGACAUCGACUACAUUCUGUUUUAAAUCGAAGGUUUUAUAGUUUCGUGCUGAAGUUUGCCUGGAAGAAGCCCCAAAAAAGUGUAUUGUUUCUCAGGGGAGCAGCGGCGCCGAGACACCGCCGUAACGUUUACCAACCUACAGCAGGAAGUAGAAGCGAUAUAUUUAUUCAUUCACUAAGGCUGCUAUCAUGGCGGACGAAAGCAAAGAACCUGGACCUGGGGACGAGUCGUUCGUGGGAUCUCUCCUCGUAGAAAUCUUUACUUCCCCGGUGAAUAUCGCCCUUCUUGGAAUCUGUGUCGUUCUCCUUUAUAAAAUCCUACGGUCUUCUGAUGGCAAUGAUAAAGCAUCUGGCCCUGUUGAACCUCCCAUACCGAAAAUGAAAAGGCAGGAUAUGACUCUUGAACAACUUAAACAAUACGACGGCACUGGUGAACAUGGACGAGUAUGUGUUGCAGUUAACUCAAAAAUAUUUGAUGCUACCAGAGGAAGGAAAUUUUAUGGACCUGAAAAAUAUGAUUACAUUGGAAAGUUGCUGAAACCUGGAGAAGUUCCAACUGAGUACUCUGAUGAUGAAGAGGGAAGCAACAAUAAGACAAAGAAGGAUGACUAGUUUUCUUUUCCAUGAAUUGAACACCACACAGGAGGUUCAGCUCUACAGCAAGAGAUUAAGGGAACUCAUCAUCCAAACCAUCAUCAUCAGUAUCAUCAUCAUCAUCAUCCUCCAAUCAAACUUAAGCCUUACUUACAGACUCUUAAGGGAAAAGACCAACAGAUUUCAGUGGUCGUCUUUUCAGAGUGCUAAUUCAGAGUUAUUUUCGUACCUAUUCUUCAACCACGUUUGGUGAAACCUCAGCCUUUUUUAAUGUACUGCAAUUUGUAUGGUAGUAGAGUAGAUAAAUGUAUGGGUUUCUCUAAUAUAGUCUUGUAUAAUAAUGCUGUACUGUAUAUAUAUAUAUAUAUCUUACAUAUAUGUGUGUAUAUAUAUUUAGUGCGCUCAUAGUUGCCAAGCCAUGAAACGUCCUCCAAAUCUGCCUGCCGAUCACAUAUUUUGCAUUAGGUAUAACUAUUUUCAUAGGUAUAUGGCAAAAGAGGGAGCUGAAAAUGUGUGCAAGAGAAAAAACAUAGGAAUUAAGUAGCAGAGGGAGUAUAAUAGUGCAGCACAAAAUUGUAAUGAAUAUAUGUUGUGGAGGUAAAUGUUUAAUACGUAGUGUGAUUAGAUUGGUAAACGUUACCCCAGAAGCCAGUAGAUAAGCAGAACUGAAAUAGAAAACACAGUAUUUAGAAGAAAAAACUGGUACAGGUUCCUGAGGUGGUGGGUUGACUUAUGUAUUGUAUUUCUUGGCAACUAGAUAAAGUCACUUUUCAAAUUAUGGAAAGGCUGAUUUCACCAUAUUGCACAUACCUGUAAUGUCUUGACAUCCUUGGUUACUUGUACCUAAAGGAAAAUUAAGAAGGACUUAAGAGUGCUCUUAACAUUUUGUGGCACAACUAAAGAUGCUGUAAUUAUAAGUUACUGUAUUAUUUUAGAUCAAAGUGAUCAUUACAAGAGAAGAGGAAGUAGUACGUUCAUUUCUUUUGUAUAGCUUAUGACUAAGAAUUGUAUGUUUACAUUAGUUAUUUGCUUUUUAAUUCAUGUAGCCAUGAGUUAUGUUAGAAGAUAGAAAGUUUCAUGGUAGUAUAGUAAUGAGAACUAGUUAGUGGAAGAGUGCAAAAAAAAAGUUUGAGAACUAAAUAGUACUUGCAUUUGGAAAAGAAGCUUGUUUUCCAUUUGUUAUUGCUGAAAGCUUCUGAGUUGUGCAAGUUGGAAUGCUUUUAUGGUUAUUAUGAGUUGAAAGAAGAGUUUUGUUAUUAAUUUAAGCAUUGUAGUGAUCUCUUGAUUUCAGUGGUUUGAUAUAAAGUUUUCAGAUGAGACCUGUAGCUAAAAAAAAAAAUUGUGUUAUGUUACUUUAUUUUCAUUAAGGUGGUCAUUGAAGUGGAAAUAUAUGUUGAUUUUUAUACAAUAAAUUCAUUUAACUAUGGAUUAAAAAACUUUUUUGUUACAAGUUGGAAUGAAUACUAUGAGCAUUUAUAUGAUUGUUGAAAAUUUGGUAUUUUUUAAAGUUUAUGUAACUUUAUUUGAAGAAAUUUUAUGCUCCAAGGGCCAAGGUAUGUGUAAGAAGAUUUUGGGUUUCCAUUUUAAGAGGUUGGUUAAUGGAAGCAAUUUUAUCGGAAAAGUUGCAGUUCAUAUCUGAUAAAGGAACAACUAGACGAAUUUGUCAAAUCUUUUAUAUUUAUUUUUAUAGAAAGACUGAAAAAGUAGGAGUCUAGUAAUUUUGAUGGGCAUUUUAUGGAUUGCAUGAAAUUGAGUUUUCAUUAAAUGUUAAAUGAGGUUCAGUUGAAAUUUCUUUGCAUUAAAGUCUAGGAUUAUGAAUCAUAAUGUAGAAACUAAGUGGGAAAACAAAAAUCUAACUGCUAUUGCAAACCAACUGCUAAAGCACUUAACGUUGUCGCAGUUAAAUCGUAUAUUAUUUUCAAGUUAACAGACUAUAAACCCUAAGCACAUUCUGGAGAAGUUUACACUUCACAAAAUAAAACAAAUAAUUUGAUUGACACUUUUCUCUGAUAAUUUAAAUUAAAUAUUAAGGUGGUAGUUUAGGGACUUCAGACCCAAAAGGAGUAUUUAAGUAGAUCACAGUAAACUGUUGAACUGUACUACUUAUAAAGAAUACUUAAGCUGUUUGAUUAAUGUUAUCAGCUAAUAAUUAUAACUUAAAUUGUUUUCCAUUACUACAUAGAAACUUUUUUGAAGUUUUGUUGAUAAUUUAGAAUCCCAUUUUAGAUUCCAGUUGUUAUGCAAGAGAUUUUACUGGACUAAGGAAAUAGUGAGUAUAAGUUAUGUCAUCAAAAUGGCAAAAAAAAUUUUUUUUUUUAACAUUGGUAUCUUUUUGUCACCUGAUGUUACGUGUGUUCAUCCUAUAAUGCAAACAUAAUUAAGUGAAAGAUAUAUAGAGAUCUGUGUAGUGAUGAUCAUUAGCAACAUUCAUAAUAAAUUCACAAAGUAGUUUGAGGUGUAGGAUUUGCUUAGUUACAUUAAACUAGUUUGUUCUCUUUAUUAAAUAUGCGUUGCUUUUACAGCAAAACUGGCUGCAAUAUGGUCAUUGGGUAAGGAAGUAUAAGUGUUAGUUAAAAGACAACCCUUCAGGGACCAGCCAUUGGAGAGUCGAUCUACCUAAUGAUAAUACUGUAUAAAUGAAAAUGCAGACAAAUCCUUGCAGCAAUCUUAGUCUUCAGCAUUUUCAGUUUAUUUAAUUUUUAAAUAUUUAAUUUACUAAAGGUUUGGUAUAAUUAAAAGCAAACCCUUCAGGCCACUGUAUGAGAGAGUGAAAUGUCACAUACUGCUCUGGUCAGACUAUUUAAUAUUCAUAUAAUUUACCACACUUCCAAGUUAAUAGAUUUGACUAGACAUCAUAAGUUGCAUGCAAGUGACAGUCCCCAUUUUUACUAAUGAAAGUGAUCAAAAGUACCAAGAUAAUGCAACUUGAAUGAAGAUUGCUGAAAAAAAAAUCUCCCCAGUUCCUCAAGCAAUAAGUUACAUGUGAGCAGAAUGAGGAUUCAGGUUGAAUAUCUUUUUGUUCCUUUAGUGGGUAAUUAAUCCCUGAUUAAAGCCCUUAAAAAAUAUAAACUUUUAAGACAUAAACUUUGUACAAACUUUUCUAAGACAUGUUUUUGAGAAAUGAAUUUGUGACUGAUUAAAAACUAUGCAAGCGCACUAAUUUAUAGACUUAUUGUUAUUCGUAAUCAAAUUUCUGAGGCUAAAGUGUUAACUAUUGAAUUUGCUAAUUUUGUUGAAGUGUAAAGCAUAAAGAUACACAAUAAUAUUUAGCUCAUGGAAGAGAGGGCAACUUCUUUGAUAUUAUUUAACAACUUCCUAUAACAAAUUCUUAGUUUCCAUAUUAUGGUGAUUGUCACAGUAAAAACUUUAAUUCUGUAAACUUGUAUAAAUCUAUACUGCUGUAACUAAUUUUGCUAGGUAAGCAAGGGUACUGGAUCCCUUUCUUUUACUGAUGUCUUGUAUAUUUGAGUGAGAACACAGGAGGUAACAGACAUACUUUGUGAAAAUUGUAAAAGUUUGGUUUAGAUGCCAUUGUAGAUAUAUGUAGAUGAUAUGCUCGACCUUCCCAGGUCAUAUGAACUUGUCAUAUUUUGUCAUUCUUAUUUAGAGAAGUAAGAGGGGAAGUUAAGUCAGAACUGAGGCUGCAUCGUUAAAAGAAAAAAAAAAAGGUGCGCAUGAUUAUUUACAGUUCAUCAUCCUUUGUAGUACCCACUUUUAAUAUUUGAGAAUGUCACAUGGAAGGCAUCAGGAAUUUUGAAGCAGAUAACUUACUGAGUGAUUAUUUAAUAAUCAAAUACAGUGUAUUAGAAUACAUUCAAGCAUCUGGGUAACAAACAGUGUACUUCACAAUAAUUAGUAGUGUGUCAGACUGCAAAUUAUGCUCUCAUAUAAAUAGUAUAUACAGUUUUAAAUUACCAGAAUAAUAAUUAAAAUCUAAAAGCUUCAGGUCCAUCUCCAAGUUGAAUAUACAGAAUGUAGCUUUCCAAGUUCAGAUUUAUUUACUAGCUUUUUAAGCAGUCAGAUUGGAUGUCCAUUAUGAAGCAGUGUUGUUAUUAAAGAACAGACAUUUCAAGUCUUUGUUUCCAUGCAAACUUCUUAAGUAGUUUAACCUUAUAAUACUCGACUCAUAUACCUGGCCUAUAUAGUGGAGGAAAGUGUUGGUAUUUUAUAUGUCAAAUAAAAUUUUCUCUUUUGGUUCUAUAUUUUAGUUAGAAUGUAUUCUGUAUUUGAAUUUUAACACUUAAAAAUUAGCAUGUUGUGUUUUCACUUGAAAAAGAACUGCAUUGGAGUAAUAUCUUAUCUUUUAAUUGGUCACAAUUGUUUGAAUCAUCAAUAUAGUGCAGAUUACUGAACAGUUAAACAUUUUUUUUUAUGUCCAGUUUUUAGUCAACAACUGUCAGAUUUUAGGAACAAAUCUGCAAAAUAAGUUUUGUCAGAAUCUUCAGCAUUUUCAGUUUAUCUAAAAUUUUAAUUUUCAAGGAGUAGUACAUCAUCCAAUAAAGGAUUUUUAUCUUUAAGGAGAAACUCUUCAGACCAGUUUUAUUAAGAGUUAAUGUAAUGUUAAUUCUGUGGUCUGGUUCAACUAUUUAUUAACUUUAGUAGAUUGGUCAUUAUGCAAAGCAACAGGUCAUUAUGCAAAGCAACAGCAAAAUUAGCAAUGUGAUAUGGGCCACCACAGGAGCAUAUCAAUCUGAGACUUAUUUUAAGGUUUUAAAUAACUUCACAUGUGAACAACUUUUUUGGUUUCAGUGACACGAAAUCACACCUAACAUUCAUAAAUUAAAUCAUCUGAUAUUUUAUUACCUCCGUUGGAUUAUAUGUAGUCGCUCUUGUAACCAGCUAUUUACAUAACAUAAUAUAAUUUUCAAACCCCUGAAUGCAGUACCCAACAGGAAAACACGAAAUAUGAACUGCACAGAUUGUAACGUUGGCCUCAAACCUGCCUGUGAUGUAAAAUUUGCUGCUUUGUUUUGUAAUAAAACAUCGCCAUUCACAUUAUCCAGUAUGUCUCUCUUCACAACACAGCUGUCAGGAAUGUUGUCUGUCACCCCUAUGAGAAUCAGGUAUUAUGACUUAGUGGUUUAGUUAAAAUAUGAAUAAUAUAAUACAGUCAAGAAACAAAUCCUCCUUAAAAAUAUGUGGAUUCAUAUAAAAUCACAAACCAAGUACUGAAUGACUGCAUAAAGUGGUAUUGUGCUCUUUAUAUGUAGUCUUGUUAAUUGUUCUUCAUCCCUUUGAGAACUCUGUAUGCUUAAAAUUUGGUAAGUGUUAUAUGUGUUGUCUUUGUACUUGACAGUGUAAUGGUGGUACCCAGCUGGUAAGUAUUUUUAUCUUUCAUAGUGGCUGUAUUGUACAUUGCUGUAUAUUUGAUAAUGUAUUUUUGUGUUUAUGGAUUUAUUACUUAUGUCAGUAUUACCAUUUCUCAUUCGUUUUGGGUUUUGGUCUCGACUUGGUUAAUUGUUUCUCAGUAUAAAAAAAAAGGCAGAAACAAAAAGUUGUGAUAUGUAAUAUUUUGCAGUUGUUAGUUUAUACAUUCCGUAUUAUACUCCAGCAAAACCAAGGAUACAAAUUAUCUCCUGGGCUUGAAGACAAUAUAUGUAAAAAGUUCAGGGCCUCUUUAACAAAAAGUGCAAGGUCAUGAUAGCUUUUGACCUGCCAAGAGGGUGUUGUGUAUGCUGAGUGAGACUGAUGAAUGAAAAGGCAGACUAGUGUCCCUGUGUCCUCUUUAACCAUUUAUUUUAUAUCUUUGUAAUACAGACAACUGGUCCAGUGCCCUCAGGUCCCAGACAUAAUUUUUUGGACUAAAAACCCUCAAUGCCUAUAGGGAGAUGUCACAGAUAAAUGUGUGCCUGUCCAACAUUUAUUAGUCAAUUGUCCAAUUUGGAACCAUCAAAGAAACUUAUAUUUGCAAAACGCAACAUUAAAAGGCAUUCUUGCUGAAGGCAAAGAUUUUGUAUUUAAUAGGAUCAUCAUGUUCCAAAGUAAAACCGGUUUCCUAAAUAAAGGUGUUUCUCUCUCUCUCUCUCUCUCUCUCUCUCUCUCUCUCUCUCUCUCUCUCUCAGGAUUAAUUCCUGAAAACCAGCCCAAGAAGAGCCGUUGUUAGCCUCAGAGGUCUGGAUAAACAAAUACUGUAUAAUAAUGAUAAUAGCAGAUAAAUGUGAUUAUUAUGCAUUCUGUGACAGGGUUUUUAGACAGCAAUGCCAGGAGAUAAUAUGGAUGCUUGAACAUGAUCAGUAAAACUAUGAAAAUGCCAGAAGCUGUUGGUCCAUUAAGUUUAUGGGGUAAAACUUUGUUGAGCACUAGAAUGUAUAAUAAUGCCCAUAAUCUCAAGAAAUUGUCUCCUACUUUUUGGUUCUCAGAUUGAUAGUGUUAAAUUGUUAUGUUAAAUUACAAUGUCGGUUAUUGAUCAUGAAAGCCUCAUGUACAAUUUCUAUUUUGAAUUUCAAAUGAAAAACUUAGAGACCCUCUUUCCUAUCAAGGAAUACAAAUUUCUACAAAUAUUAUUUAAUCAUCUCCAUGUGUAUCAGUUUCUCAAUGUUUUGAUGAUUUUCCCUUUUCCAUUAUGUUAACCCUUAAUGGACGGAUUGAUCCUCAGAAGUAGUAAUAACAGGUUUGGGGUGGUAGACAGAUUUCAUCCUGUAGAUAAACAAUAUUAAGCGCCAUUGAUUUGGAAAGAAUCGGGCACAAAAGAGGAGCCGAUAUUUCUAUAGCCCAUAAAUUACUAAUUGCAUCUUAUACACUGGCUAAAACCACGAAUCAGGCGUCUCAGGACUUCAGUUCUGCUUGUAACUUCAAGGGGAAUGUAUUACGUUUCUCACAUGACGUCUUUUUGUAAAUUUGCUCGUAAAUAUACCAAGGAGAUGCUGUUGGUUUUUGUUCUUGUCUUUUACGAUAGUAUGUUGGUUGUAAAUGUAAUUUUACAAAGAAAAGUUCAAAGAAAUAUUAGAAAAAACAUAUAAAAGUAAAAAAACAAUUACUGAAUCUUCAUUCUCGGUAAAUUUAUAAAUAGUACGUAAAUAUUUUUCAACAGAUAUGCUAAGAAUUUGUUACUGAUUUGAUUUCUUAUUGGUUUGGACAUUGUGUGAGCAGUAAUUAUAAUUUUACAAAAUAAAAUGAUUUAUAUAGAAAAGCCAUAUAUGUAUAAGUUGGUAAAAUUUACGAUUGUCUUGUAAAAGAUGUCCUACAAGGGGUUGUAAAUAGUCAUUUUCAACUGCUCGUGGAGAGUAGGGAAAAUUUUUUUAUAAUUUUUUUUUUCUUUCACCAUGUACAUUUGCAUAUCUUCCUCUUUCCAUUGAUGUGUUUUUUUUCAUAAAUUGACUGACCUCAAAGUUUACCCAGCCUGAAGAGCUGCAUAUUGAUAUAUUUACUCAUCCAGUAAGGGUUAAACUUGUAUGUAUGCACAGAUCAUAGGAAAGAGCUCUGCAGAGAUUCUUCUGACGGCUAGUCUGAUGUUCAGUGCCCUUAAUGGAGUCAUAUAGUAUAUUCUUGGUUGAUGUCGGAUCAUAGAAUCUUCCUUUUAUACUGACAGCUACUCUGGAAAGACAGCUCAGCCAUGCGUCAGUUUAUGUUGACCUGUAUCCCUUGUACACACAAAAAUCUAAAGCAUCAGAGCUAUAUACCUGUAGGAUUGUUAAUUUCAUGACAAUAUUGGGCAACCCUAGUGUGAACUAACUAAGUAUGUCAGAGUUGCAUCCUGGCCCUCUUCAUCAUAGGACCAGAAAAUUAAUAUAUCUAAUCUUGCCAGAAUUGUUAUGCCUCACCUGUAUAUUCUGUAUGCUAAUUACUCUAGUCACUUAACUUUUGUCCUCAUUUACUAGUGGUCAGGGCUUAACUAGUGUCAAUCAGAUUGGAUGGUUUUCCUUUACAGACAGUCCCUGGUUAUUGACGGACUUGGUUAUUGGCAAUCCGGUUUUAUUGGGCUUGUCUAGUGCCAUAAAAUCAGCUAUUUAUGGGGCCAUAACAUGCUGAGUUUUCGUUAUCAUACCCACAAGGUGUCAAUGAAGUUAUGACGCCAUAGUACACCUAACAGAGGCUCCAUUAACUGAAGCUCAUCGUCAUAAAUUGCUGAGUUUCAAUUAAUGGCAGUUUUCGCUUAUCAGCACCCUGCUGAAAACAGAACCCCUGUCGAUAACUGGGGACUGCCUGUAUAUGUGUGUGCAAAAUUGUGGGACAGGUUGAUGAAUCAUGAAGGGAUUGUAGAAUGGGGGUGUAUACAGAAUUGGUUGGAAAUAGAGAAACUGCAGUGACUAGGUAAUGGGAGUUUUAAAGGGUUCAAUAAAAGAGAAAGUUCAGAGUAAAUCUAAGGAAGAGUAAGAUUAAAGGGGAUAACUGGAAAUCAGGAGGAUGAUUAAUGAAUGUUAUGGAUUGUGGAAGAAAGGAAAUACGUAGUAGAUAUCGGGGAGUAAGUAUUUUGAGUUGUGGUAGGAUGAGAAACUAGGCAAUUUUCAGAUAGGUGAAGCAAGGAAAGUGGCAGGAUCUGUGCAGAAGCUUGAUAGGAAAUUUUGGCAGACUGCAUGGAGGAUUUUGUCAUUAAAUUUGAAAGGAUUUACAAGAGAGCAAAUAAAUAUAGUAUAUUUAUUAAGAAUGAGCCCUAUGAGAAUUGAGUGUGUUGGAGAUAUUGUUAAAUUAUGUAUCAUAAUAAUAAUAUAUAAAGGGAUUUUUUAGCCUUAAAUUGUGUAUCUAAUAAUAAUAGAGAUUGUUUAGCCAAUGCCCCUGUAUGGAAGUUAGGUGUGGAUGUUGCAAGCGAAUAAAAGAAAAAAGGUAGGAUCUGUAGAGUAAUUAACUGUGUGGAGAUUAUUUGACAAGAAAAUCAAAGGGGUGUUAAGUAUGGAAAUACUUGGAUAAGUAGGUGAAAAAAUCAACUGCAUUUGAAAUGGUUUGAUUGUACAGAAAGGAGGAUGAUAAGUAAAUUGAAAGGGUGUACAGGUCAGAAGUGUUAGGGAGAAGACCUAGGAAUGGGUGCAUAAAUGAUUAGAGGGAGGCACUUUUGAAGUGAAAGCCUCAGUAUCCAGGAAGUGGAUGAGUUCAUGAAAAAUGCAGGUGCAAAGCACAGUGUGCUCAAGGGGUUGACACAUGGCUAAAAAGUUGUGUAUACAUGUAUGAAAAUACGUAGACACACACACACGCUCAUACCUCGUUCAACAGAAUUUGGUUUAAGGAAGUUUUGUCUGAGGAAAAUCUUCUCCCUCAGCAGGUGUUUGCUCAGUUUAAUGAUGGAUGAAGACAACUGGCUAGAAUUUGUGUGGGAUUAAGCAUUUGAUUCAGAUUUCACGUGGGUCUCACUGAGUGCACAUCUCUGCUAAAUUUUUUUUCCCCUAACUUGGGUAUCAAGUACAGUACUGUAAUUGUACUGCAUAUAUAAUUCAUCAUGGCUCCUGAAAAGGCUGAGUCUGUUGUGGAGGGUAUUGUGUUCAUGGGCUUGGAGGUCAUUGGAGGUGAUGAUGUGGAGCACAAAGUAGAGCUCGAUGAAGAACUGCAGAACCUUCAGAGGGAACAGUAAUAAACAACAGCUAAAGAAUAAAAAAUAGUCUUCAGAGGAGGAUGAGGGAAGGGAGGGUGUCCCCAGUUCCUUAAUAAAAGAUUGUGUGUGCAAAAAUGAAGGAAUUGCAGAUUUUCCUUGAAAGUUAUCACCCGAACCAAACUAAGUUAUACUUUAAAUCUUUUGAAUGACUGCUCUCUCUCACAUGCAAAACAAACACCAUUGGACAGGGUUUUAGUGAGAAACAAACACUGUGAGCCUUAAGAAGUAGGCGGUUAAAAGCAAAAGAAAAGAAAAACAACCCCAGAAGCAUAAUUGCUGCUGUUUUUUAUGGAAUGAGACUUCUUUACCAAACCCCUAUCAAACAAUAACGUAUCUCCUCUUCACCUUCCUCAUAGGUCAACAACUCUCCCAGGGACAUAAAAUGAGAACAAAUUUGCAUUUAUUUUAUGUACAAGCGGUCCCCAGGUUAGGUUAUUGGCAGCGAUUCCAUUGUAACAGCUUGACGAUAAGCGAAA